UUUUAGUGUAGGAUUAAUAAACAACAAAAAAAAGCCGCGAUUCCUUAAAAUAUAAAUGUUUAAUUCAGAAAACCGAGAAUGGUAUACAAAAUGGAUCUAUUACUUCUGUUAAUUUUGACAUUUCAACAAAUAAGAUACAUCGUUGGAAGCAAAGAUGUACCAGUUCAUCAAAUCGAAUCUUUGGUUGGAGAAAAUAUAUUCCUUCCAUGCAAUAUAACUACAUAUGAGGGAGAUGAGCCGGUGUUGGUGCUAUGGUACAAAGAUGACAAGGGUACUCCCAUAUACAGUAUCGACAUACGCGCAGGUGUUUCUAAAGCACCAAAAAGAUGGUCUGAUGAUUCCGUCUUUGGAGAUAGAGCUUACUUUAUUUUUGACAAGGAGCCUGGUAGACUUUCAAUCCAAAACACCCAACCAUCCGAUUCAGGAACAUUUAGAUGCCGGGUAGACUUCUUAAAGGCACAAACAAUAAAUAGCCGUGUAAGGCUUAACGUCAUAUCUCCACCUAAACAAGUAAUUAUACGGGACAAUGAUAACGUUGAGCGAUCUACAGUGGUAGGCCCAUACAGUGAAGGCGACCUUGUGAUCUUAAAAUGUCAAGUAGUUGGAGGCUACCCAGCUCCUACAAUAAGUUGGUAUCGAGAUGGUGUGGAAAUGCCUUGCGAUAUUUUCCAUUCAGAGGGAGGAAAACUGAUCGAGUGUGUAAUUUCUCUGCCCUCGCUUGGAAGAAAAGACCUCAACUCUCGACUCACGUGCAGAGCAGUUAGUCAUCCUCGUGCACCAAUCGUUGAAGCUGUGGUUCAAAUCGAUAUGAACUUUUCACCAUUGAACAUUCGAUUGUUAGGGGCCCAUCAGCCUCUCUCUGCUGGACGAAGGUAUGAUCUUUUAUGUCAAAGUGCUGGAUCCAGACCUCCUGCAGUUAUAACGUGGUGGCAAAACGGAAUACGACUUGAAAAAACAACUGAAACUACGUCAAGUGAUGGCAACCAGACAACAAGUACUCUUUCCAUCAGCUUAAGUAAAGCCGAUUCGGGGAAGUUUUUGUCCUGCAAAGCUUACAAUCAUGCUGUUCCAUCGGAGCCUCUUGAAGACGGAUGGAAGCUUGAUAUUCAAUAUGUUCCGGAAGCGUAUGUUCGGUUGGGAACUUCUUUAGACGCAAAUACUCUACGUGAGGGUACAGAUGUUUACUUUGAUUGCCUAGUAAUAGCUCAUCCAAAUGUAUUUCGAAUUGAGUGGCGUCACAACGAUCAACCAUUGUUCCAUAACAUUUCUCAAGGAAUAAUAAUAAGUAAUCACUCUUUGGUUCUGCAAGGUGUAACAAGAUCUACCGCCGGAAACUAUUCAUGCGUUGGAUAUAAUGCAGAAGGGGAAGGAAUAAGUGCACCGUUUGCCUUGAAUAUUUUGUACUCUCCUACGUGCAUGCAGAACCAGAAGAAAAUAUAUGGGAUAGCAAAACACGAAGAUGCAAAAAUAACGUGCGUGGUCGAUGCAAACCCACAUGAAGUCGAAUUUAGUUGGACAUUUAAUAAUUCCGCGGAAAGUAUUGACGUUGCUAAAAAUCACAUUAUUCAAUCGGGCACAUCCUCCAUUGUAACAUACACUCCAAUCACUGAACUGGACUAUGGUACCCUUUUAUGCGUCGCAACGAAUAAAAUCGGAAAGCAAAGAGUACCCUGCGUAUUUCACAUUAUAGCUGCAGGUCGACCGGAAAAAGUACACAAUUGUACUCUUAUCCAUAUAUCAGUGUCAUCAUUAACAGUUACCUGUAAUGAUGGUUUUAAUGGCGGAUUACCACAACAUUUUCUCAUGGAACUUACGGACAGUAGUACACAUGAACUAAAAGCAAAUAUUACAUCCACAAAUCCAAGAUUCACGGUUUCUGGUCUUACUCCAGGUAGCCUGUAUAAACUAUAUAUAUUUUCGUUUAACACAAAAGGUCGAUCUGAUCCUGAAAUACUCAACGCGGCUAUGCUCCGAAUGCCAGAAAAGCAGUUAACGUCAGAACAGACGAAUAAUCUUCGUGCGGAGCUUUUAUUCUCGCCAGUUGUCUCGCUGACAAUUGGGUUAACCUUGGCUGUACUGGUCGCCAUACUAGCAAUUAUACUCGCACUCCGAAUACCAUGCACAGCUACAUCCAGAAGGCGUCAAAAAGAACUGUCUAAUGAGAAUAUAUCAAGAGAUGAAUCGCCAGGGCCAAGUAUAAAAAGUUCUGCGAGUAAGGAUCUUGAUGAUUAUGAUGAAAAAAAUCCCGAUGUUGUACCGGAAACUAUUGAUUCAGAUGAUCAGACUGACAGCACAAGGAACAGACAACAGAUAUCAACAAUUCAUACCGACCGCAGUCCCAGCAGAGGAAUAUCUGUAAAUGAGACGCAACACAUUACAGCUGCUGAAAUGACAUUACGCACUUCUCACGGAAUGGGCUAUUGUACUUUACGUAGUGGAGUUCAUAGCCCGGUACAGGCCUUGGCUGGGGAAAUCUCAAUUAAUGUGACUCCACACGUCUAUUCAAGCUCAAUCUCCCAAUGUACACUUCCUCGCCAGUCGUUGCACAAUGCUUGGCCAAAGUAUAAUUGCAACAUGAGCGGAACAAGACCGACUUCAACAUUUCAUCAACUUUCUUUUCCACAAUCAAGAGCGCAUAGCCAUCAUAACCAUUCACAGUCAUUAAUUGGACAUUCAAAUGGAUCAUCUUUAGCAUCGAAUAGCUCUAUGCCCUCGCCCUCAAAUGUUUUACCUCCACCACAAGGAAGAAUACCCUUGCAUCAUAUAAACCAAUCUCAAAGCGGUAAAGUCUGCAUGGGACUCGGUAGCGAUGACAUUCACUCAGUUGAACAAAAUCUAUCCGAUGACGAGGUUACCGUCCAAACUCCAUUAAUGAUUAAACGCGACAGCACUGUAUGACUAUAGAAAUUCCACAGGGUGGUCGACACUCCCCUGUGAUAACAAUUUUAAUAUUCUCUGUAUCCUGCAUUUCGAACUCUUAGAAUAAACUUUUAUACUUUAUUAUU